UCUAUAAAUAUAUCCAAAUCCCAUUUUCACUCUCUGCCAGACAAAUCCUCAACUGAGAAACCAAAAUCGUCCACGUUUUCCGGCAAAUCCCUAGAAUGACAACCAUCAAUUUGCGAAAGGGCAACACGCGGCUUCCGCCGGAAGUGAAUCGGGUGCUAUAUGUCCGAAACCUACCAUUCAACAUAUCAAGUGAAGAGAUGUACGAUAUAUUCGGCAAGUACGGAGCGAUUCGUCAAAUUAGAAUCGGCACUAACAAAGACACGCGAGGGACAGCUUUUGUUGUGUAUGAAGAUAUUUACGACGCCAAAACGGCGGUGGAUCACUUGUCAGGCUUCAAUGUCGCUAAUAGGUAUCUGAUUGUUUUGUAUUAUCAGCAAGCUAAGAUGAGUAAGAAGUUUGAUCAGAGGAAAAAAGAGGAAGAGAUUGCUAAGAUGCAAGAAAAAUAUGGGGUUUCUACUAAAGAUAAGUAAACAGAAAAACCCUAAUUCGCAAAAAGUUUUAGGGUUUUUUUUUUGGGUUAAAUUCUAGUGUAUAUUUGGAUUCUGUUGCUCUAAUGGAAUUGUUAUGCUAAGCUUUUAUGUGCUUUAUUUUUUAUUUGGAUAUCAGACGUUAAUUUAGUAAUUGAAAAAAAUUCGGUUGCUUUAA